AUGGAAAAGUACGAAGUUUUAAGACAAGUGGGCGAAGGAUCCUUUGGACAAGUAUACAAAGCAAAAAAACGAUCCGAUGGUCGAAUCGUAGCUUUCAAAGUGAUUCGAAAGCGUGGUAGGUCAUUCAAGGAACUAAAGAGCUUGCGACAAGAAUGUCAAAUUCAACGACAUCUUCAUCAUCCAAAUAUAGUACAAAUGCUUGAUUCGUUUGAAACCGAGAACGAGAUAGUUGUCGUGACCGAGUAUGCAGACAAAGAAUUGUAUGAAAUAUUAGGUAAAGCAGGUCGUUUGUCCGAACAAAGAGCGCAAGUGAUAGCUUGUGAUCUUGUGUCUGCACUCUACUACUUGCAUUCCAACAGAGUAUUGCACAGGGAUCUUAAACCGCAAAAUGUACUUCUUGAAAGCAACGGAGUGGCAAAGUUAUGUGAUUUUGGAUUUGCUCGCAGUAUGAGUACAGGGACACAUGUACUAACUUCUAUAAAAGGAACGCCGUUGUAUAUGGCUCCAGAACUUAUAGAAGAACGUCCAUAUGAUCAUAAUGCUGAUUUGUGGUCUCUUGGUUGUAUAGUAUACGAACUAGUCGUAGGUUCUCCACCUUUCCAAACUACUUCUAUUCUACAUUUAGUCAGAUUGAUAAGAUUCGAAGCAAUCAAAUGGCCAGAUUAUAUUUCUCAAAAUUGCAGAAGCUUCUUACAGGGAUUGCUGCAAAAGGAUCCAUCGCAAAGACUAACCUGGCCGGCACUUUUAGAUCAUCCUUUUGUUAAAAAUAGGAUCGUAAUAGUCGGCGGAAUCGGACCCACACCAUUCACUACACCUUUAUCCGCGAGUCAGGCUAGGGAAAAACAGCUACAAUUACGAAAUUUGGAAGUGCAGCCUACUGAUCACCAGUCCAAAUUUUUAGAGAAGGCUAUCAAAAAGCUGCAGGAACACGAAAGAACACUCGAGGAACGGCGGCAAAGAAUAUUUACGUCACAUUCUCGCUAUCCAAUACCACAUGGAUAUUGUCAACAUGAAAUGAACCAAUGUUACACUUUACGUCACAGCGAACCGAGCGGAACGGAUUCUAGCACCAGUGUCGAUGUACUUUUAGGAAAUCUUAGUUUAAGGGCAUCAUUGAGAAGCGACUUACUCUCAGCAGAUCGUGCAUUAUGCCGAAGCGAUUGUCCAAACGGCAUGAAUUCGACGAGUAAAAGAACCGUUUUAACGUUCCAAGAGACGUCGAGAGUUCAGUUACCGAUUCAUUUGGAUGAACAAUAAGAAGAAGAAGAAGAAGAAGAAGAAGAAGAGACCGAGAAGAGCAACGAAGUGAAAAGUAAUGCGGAAAGUGCGUCGAAUCGCUCGUCGAAUCAGAUCGUUUCUCGAGAAACCGAAACUAUUCACGCAGAAAGAAUCGUUCGAAACAUGGAGUACGCGUACGAUCACAAACUAAGUUCUCGAAGGGAUGAUUCAACGAAUGCCGGUACAUCGUAUAGCAACAGAUUACCCGAUUGGAGUCCAAAAGCUGUCGAAAGACCGAUCGAAAACGAAGAAUGGAUAGCUUUCUUGCAACGAUCCAUGGAAGAAAUAAUAGAUGGUGAAGUGGGAUCGUUACUUCAGCAAAACUGCGUGUCGGUAUUUGUAUCGCCGUUGAGAAAUCCAGCAGCGGGUUGUCGAGUCGUUGAAUACGUUGCUUGCCUUUUAUCUUUACCGUUCGUUAUAUCCGUGACGAAAGACUCUCUCGAGAAAAUCACACGAGUCUACCUGGACGUUAGAGUCGUGCCAAAUCUCGUUUAUUCUUUGAAGCUUUUGAUGUCUGAGCGUUCAGAGUCCGAAGCGAGGAAAAAAUCGGACACGGCAAACGUAAAUGUCAGACCGGCGUCUACGCUGUCCGCGGACGAACUACAAACAUUGGAAUGUACGAUGCUUGUACUUUGUAGAUUAAUUUACAAUCGACAGCAAUUUCUUACUCAAUUCUGCGAUGCUAUUUAUAUCGUGAAUGGUGUGGCAUUGCUACAGCAAUUGUUAAGUUUAGAAAAAAGAAAGGCACGCGUAGUCGUGGACCUCGUUGCAAUUUUAAACAAUAUAUUACGUUCUCAGCCUGAAAAUGCUCAUCUCGUGGAAAAAGUUAUUCUUCGUUCGCAUUUACCGGGUAGUUCCGUAGAACAACUUGGUAAACUGCUGAUGCAUCGACAUGCAGCACUCAGAGCUAGAACUUGUCAUUUGAUUAGACUGUUGGGCAGAUUUUCAUGCAGAGCUUUGCAACAAAUCUGGUGCAAGUCUUUAAAGAAUUUGAUAGAAAACUCAACUACCGAUGACGAUGGAAGUGUAAGGCUUGCAGCUGAAUACGCAGUCAACGAAUUAAAGGAAUUAAUGUACUACAAUCAACAAAAUCCUGUUACUUGA